UGGUGACUGACGAUAUUGGCUUCUGACUCGGCGUCGCUGUUAGAGCCGGCGCUGGUGUCGACCUUGCGAUCGGACUCAGGGUUGAGAAAUGGCAGUGGUUCUCGACGCAUCGCGGUGAGGGUUCUGCUUUGAUCGGGAUGUAUUGCGGCGGGCCGGCCGGCCGAUGGAGAGCUGGAACCAAGAGGACUGGGGAGCGGAGGCCGAGGUCGCGCGUAAUUCAGCCGGCGCGGAGUACAGAAGCGGCCAGGGUUUGGCCAUGUACGACGAAAUCAUUGAAGACGGCAUCCGCAAGGAGCGAGAGCAGUACAUCGAGUCCAUUAAGGACCGGAUCUGCUCCCUCGCUUCGGCGCACCACGGCGGCGACGACUGCGAGUUUCUCCAGGACUUCAAAAGGGGCAGCUACAACGUCUGCUUCUUCGUUCGCUUUUUCCGGCGGCCCCGGCCGGCCCGGGAGCUCGACGCCGCACCCAACGGCGACCGCUGGGUCGUUCGUUGCAAGCCACACUACGAUACCCGUGCCCAAGGUCCAUGCAUACAGCACCUCCAGGGAGCCGGGCGCGCACGGAGUCGCCUCCUAUAUGAUCCUAGAAUACGUUCAAGGCAAAACGUUGGACGAGCUUGGGGUAGACUUUAA